AUCAGGGCCUCGGCUCAGCCCGGGGGCUCUUCUCUGGGACGGAUGCUGUGGGCGUGGGGUCCGGGCGCGGGGUCGCCUCCCACCUGAGCGCGUCUGCGCUCCUCGGGCCUCGUGCCAGGCUCCGUGCCGCCGCGGCCCUCCUCUCCACGUCUGCAGAGGCUGGAAGCGUCUCCGCAGCCCGCGGCGGUUGCGGGGAGGGGAAGCUGCCUGCUGGCGAGCCCAGGCGUCCCCGAGACCCCCAACGCCAGGCUCGGUGCCAGCCUGGCCCCCCCAAGCCGCGUAACUUCUCAGGCUUAAUUCAGCCUCCUGCGGAAAGAGGUUCCUGAUGACCUGCCCUGCCAGACUCGGCGUUGUGAGGCUGCAAUGCAGCGUGAAAGCGUUUCAGCCACUGUGUAAAUGUCCACCGUUGCUGCCCAGUAAAUAUGUAGAGGAUAUUUACUGUGAAGAUUCAACAGAAAGCGAUAGCGCCAAAGACGUGCUUUAAUGUGUCAAUUUUUUCACUCUUGACUACAAAAGACUUUAGUAGCCCCAAGGAAAAAUUUUCUUGGAUCUACGGGGCAUGGAGGACGCUGGCGGCGGCCAAGAGACCCCGGCCCCGGAGGCCGCGCACCUCCCUCCGCUCGCGCCUGCGGAGGAGCAGGGGUUGCUCUUCCAGGAGGAGACCAUCGAUCUCGGCGGAGAUGAGUUUGCAUCCGAAGAGAACGAGAGCGCGUCGGAAGACUCGAGUCCCCUCGCGGACAAGCUGAACGAACACAUGAUGGAGAGCGUCCUCAUCUCCGACUCCCCCAACAACAGCGAGGGCGACGCGGGUGACCUGGGCCGGGUGCGUGAGGAAGCCGAGCCCCCAGGGGAAGGCGACCCAGGCCCGGAGCCCGCGGGCACCCCAAGUCCCACCGGCGAGGCCGAUGGCGGCUGUGCGCCCGGGGACGCCCCGGAGGACGAGGCCGCGACCCCCGGCAGUGGUGGGGCCCCGAGGCAGGACACGGCCCGCGAGACCCCGAGCAGCGAAGCCGAAGCCGCGCGCCCCGAGGAGACGCUGCCCGCCGCGGACCCGGUCCCGGUGUGCACCAUCUUCAGCCAGCGCGCUCCCCCCGGCCCCGGGGACGGCUUCGAGCCGCAGAUGGUGAAGUCGCCCAGCUUCGGCGGCGCCAGCGAGGCCCCCGCCCGGACGCCCCCCCAGGCCGUGCAGCCCAGCCCCAGCCUCAGCACGUUCUUCGGAGACGCGGCUGCCAGCCACUCCUUGGCCUCAGACUUCUUCGAUUCCUUCACCACCUCCGCCUUCGUCUCCGUUAGCAACCCCCGCGCGGGCUCCCCGGCCCCUGCCAGCCCGCCUCCCCUCGCUGUGCCCGGGACAGAGGGGCGUCCGGAACCCGUGGCCACGCCAGGGCCCCAGGCCGCUGCGCCCCAGGCAUCGCCGGAGCCGUUCGCGCACAUCCAGGCCGUGUUUGCGGGGAGUGACGACCCCUUCGCCACCGCCCUGAGCAUGAGCGAGAUGGACCGGAGGAACGACGCCUGGCUCCCCAGCGAGGCCACGCGCGGAGUCCUGCGGGCUGUGGCCGCCCAGCAGCGCGGCGCCGUGUUCGUGGACAAGGAGAAGCUCACCAUGCCGGGGCUCAGGUUCGACAACAUCCAGGGAGAUGCAGUUAAAGACUUGAUGCUUCGCUUUCUGGGAGAAAAGGCUGCAGCAAAGAGACAAGUCCUGAAUGCCAGCUCAGUGGAACCGUCUUUUGUUGGAUUGAAACAGCUAAUCAGCUGCAGAAACUGGAGGGCGGCAGUGGACCUGUGCGGACGCCUCCUCACCGCCCAUGGCCAGGGCUACGGCAAGAGCGGGCUGCCCACCAGCCACACGACAGACUCACUGCAGCUUUGGUUUGUGAGGCUGGCGCUGCUAGUGAAGUUGGGCCUCUUCCAGAAUGCUGAGAUGGAAUUUGAACCCUUUGGAAACCUUGAUCAGCCAGAUCUUUAUUACGAGUACUACCCGCACGUGUACCCUGGGCGCAGGGGCUCCAUGGUCCCCUUCUCCAUGCGCAUCCUGCACGCGGAGCUUCAGCAGUACCUGGGGAACCCGCAGGAGUCGCUGGACAGACUGCACAGGGUCAAGACUGUCUGCAGCAAGAUCCUGGUCAAUUUGGAGCAAGGCUUGGCAGAAGAUGGCGGCGCGAGCGGUGUGACUCCGGAGGGCAGACAAGCCUCUAUUCGGCUGUGGAGGUCACGUCUGGGCCGGGUGAUGUACUCCAUGGCAAACUGUCUGCUCCUGAUGAAGGAUUACGUGCUCGCCGUGGAGGCCUAUCAUUCGGUCAUCACGUAUUACCCAGAGCAGGAGCCCCAGCUGCUCAGCGGCAUCGGACGGAUCGCCCUGCAGAUUGGAGACAUAAAAACGGCUGAAAAGUAUUUUCAAGACGUUGAGAAAGUAACGCAGAAAUUGGAUGGACUACAGGGUAAAAUCAUGGUUUUAAUGAACAGAGCGUUCCUUUACCUCGGGCAGAAUAACUUCGCCGAAGCCCACCGGUUCUUCACAGAGAUCUUAAGGCUGGAUCCCGCGAACGCAGUGGCCAACAACAACGCCGCCGUGUGUCUGCUCUACCUGGGCAAGCUCAAGGACUCCCUGCGGCAGCUGGAGGCCAUGGUGCAGCAGGACCCCAGGCACUACCUGCACGAGAGCGUCCUCUUCAAUCUCACCACCAUGUACGAGCUGGAGUCCUCGCGGAGCAUGCAGAAGAAACAGUCCCUGCUCGAGGCUGUGGCCAGCAAGGAGGGGGACAGCUUUAACACGCAGUGCCUCAAGCUGGCCUAGCUUACCCCAGCGCACGGCGUCAGCGUGACCCGGUCUUUGAAACUGUCCAUGAAACUAAUGCAUUAAUGUGACACGGAGAAUCCAAUAAAACUGCUACUUGACUG